AUGGGUCUAACGACUGCUGCCUUCGCAGCUCCUGCUCUCUCCCUCCGCCGAUCAGACCGCUUGAAAAAGUACACGCCGCGUACGCCGAAAAUGGCGACAAUCCAGAAGGACGAUGUGCAAGACACAUGGACUUACUUGGAAAAUGGCAUCAAUAGCGUGAUGCUCAAGUUGGAUGAAGGCGUUGACAUGAAGACAUACAUGGGCCUAUACACAGCGGUACAUAACUUUUGCACAUCACAAAAAGCUGUUGGUAGUACUGGAGGGCUCCAGGCCCUUCGAGGCGCUCAUCUCCUCGGUGAAGAACUUUACAACCUCCUCGGACAAUAUCUAUCGAGACAUUUAGAGAAUGUGUAUCAAGCCUCCGAAACACACAGUGAAGAAGCGUUACUAGGGUUUUAUAUUCGGGAAUGGGAUCGGUAUACAACAGCUGCCAAGUAUGUGAACCAUUUGUUCCGCUACUUGAACCGACACUGGGUCAAACGAGAGAUCGACGAAGGAAAGAAGAACAUUUAUGAUGUUUACACCCUUCAUCUUGUGAAAUGGCGGGAAGACUUCUUCAAGAGGGUCCAAGAGAAGGUCAUGGCUGCGGUGCUCAAUCUUGUCGAGAAGCAGCGUAACGGCGAGACGAUUGAGCAGUCGCAGAUCAAGAGCAUAGUGGAUUCAUUUGUUUCGCUGGGUCUGGAUGAGAAUGACAGUACGAAAUCGACUCUUGAGGUUUAUCGAUUCUACUUCGAGCGGCCUUUCAUAGACGCCACCCGUGUCUAUUAUGAAAACGAAUCCCGUCAGUUCGUCUCUGAAAAUAGUGUUGUUGAGUAUAUGAAGAAGGCAGAAACUCGACUUGAUGAGGAAAAGGCUCGUGUCGGACUAUAUUUGCACCCUGACAUUACGAAGCGCUUGACAGAGACGUGCUUGGAUGUUUUGGUUUCUGCUCAUUCAGGUCUUCUCCGCGACGAAUUCCAGGUUCUUUUAGAUAACGACCGACAAGAUGAUCUGGCUCGUAUGUAUCGCUUGUUAUCGAGGAUCAAAGAUGGUCUCGAUCCCCUCCGUGCCAAAUUCGAGAAACACGUUCGCAAUUCAGGAAUUGCUGCCGUUGAGAAGGUUGCUUCUGAAGGAGAGAAUUUCGAGCCGAAGAUGUAUGUUGAUGCUUUGUUGCAAGUUCACUCUCGAUACCAGAAACUAGUCAACGCUGCUUUCGCGGGCGAGUCCGAGUUUGUUAGGUCCUUGGACAACGCUUGCCGUGAAUUCGUCAACCGCAACUCUAUUUGCAAGACUGGUUCAUCAAAGUCGCCCGAAUUACUGGCACGCUACACAGAUUCAUUGCUCAAGAAGGGAUCCAGGGCAACGGAAGAGUCGGAGUUGGAGGAGAUGCUUACCCAGAUCAUGACUGUCUUCAAAUACAUUGAAGAUAAGGAUGUCUUCCAGAAGUUCUACUCGAAAGCGCUUGCCAAGCGUCUUGUGCAUGUCAGCUCUGUUUCAGAUGAUGCCGAGACUAGCAUGAUUAGCAAGUUGAAAGAGGCAUGUGGUUUCGAGUAUACCAACAAGCUGCAGCGUAUGUUCCAGGAUAUUCAGAUUUCCAAGGAUCUCAAUGCUAGUUACCGGGAUUGGCAAGAAAAGGUUCAUGACGAAGAGGACCGGAAGAAGAUGGUGGAUCCUCACUUUCAGAUUCUGGGUACAGGAUUCUGGCCUCUCAAUGCACCCUCGACAGAGUUUAUUCCGCCAACAGAAAUCGUCAAGACGGCUGAGCGAUUUCAGCAUUUCUACUUUGACAAGCAUAGUGGUCGCAAAUUGACAUGGUUAUGGCAGCUUUGCAAAGGUGAAAUGAAGGCCAAUUACAUCAAAAACACCAAAGUUCCAUACACAUUCCAAGUGUCGACAUUCCAAAUGGGAAUUUUACUUCUCUACAACGAGCAUGACUCCCUUGAUUAUGAUGAGAUCCAAAAGGCUACCAAGCUUGCCAACGAGGUUCUUGAGCCGAACAUUAGUCUGUUGUUGAAGGCGAAAGUACUGAUAGCCAGCCCCGAGGGAUCAAAACCGGCUUCGGGAGUCUCCUUCACACUAAACCAUAACUUCAAGCACAAGAAGGUCAAGGUCAAUCUGAACCUAGCAAUAAAGUCUGAGCAGAAGACCGAAGCCGACGAUACGCAUAAGACGAUUGAGGAAGACCGUAAAUUACUCCUUCAGUCCGCGAUCGUCCGAAUCAUGAAAUCACGCAAGAAGAUGAAACACGUUCAACUCGUCCAAGAAGUCAUUCAACAAGUCAAAGCGCGCUUCCCACCCAAAAUCCCCGAUAUCAAGAAGAACAUCGAAGCCCUCAUGGAGAAAGAUUACAUUGAGCGCUUGGAUAACGAUGAACUGGCCUACAUUGCAUAA